AUGUCUUCCACCAUUGAAUUCGCGUCCUCGUUCAUCGAGGGCGCCCCGCCCGGCGAGCUCGCCGAUGUCGUUGCCGACGUGCAGGCCCUGACCUCCGAGGAGGGCGACCUCAUUCCCUCUCUCGCCCCUGCGUUCGAACGAUACAAUGAAGCCCAGCUUACAACGGUGAAGCUACCGGGUUCAAGCCAGGAGGUUAUUGUUAGUGAAUUCAACAAGGUGGAUGGCAAUCGGUAUUUCGACCCUGAAAGCCAGACCUCAUUCGAGAUCGAUCACAUCACACAGCUCGACCAGACUGCCUCCGCGGCCCAAUCAGCACCAUUGGAAUCACAAAACGCCGAGUUAAUUAAAUCGCUGCUCAAGUCGUUGGGCAUCCACGCCCGCGAACACUACCCUAGCUGCUCAUAUGGCGUCUACCCGAUUGAAAACGACUCCGCCGUCGCCAUCCUCCUUGUGGCCAACCGCUACUCCCCGAAUAACUUCUGGAACGGUCGUUUCCGAGCAAUCUACCAAGUCCCCGUCUCCUCCUCGUCCACCAAUGUGACCGGCAAGAUUCACGUCGACGUGCACUACUACGAAGAUGGCAAUGUUGCGCUCAACACCACCAAGUCGGUCGACCUCUCCGUGCCGUCCGUCUCCGCCGAGUCCAUCAUCUCGCGCAUCGCCACGGCCGAGCGUGACUACCAGGAGGAACUGAACCGGGCGUUCGUGCGUAUGGCCGAGGGCGCCUUUAAGGGUCUCCGACGACAGCUGCCCAUCACCCGGCAGAAGGUCGAAUGGGAGAAGGUCGGUGGAUACCGGUUGGGACAGGAUAUCUCGGGCGGCAAGGGCCGGUAG